AUGUUACAGGUAGCGCAUGGUGUAUCACAUGCAUCGAAGCUCUACCCAAGCUCAUAUCUUGUGCAUAUUCUUGUGGGAACAGCUAAAGGCGCCGGUGCUGGUAUUUUAAGAACAUUUGAACAGUUGGUGCGAGGUGUUUGGAUGCCUGCUCACAACGAAGUGCUUCGGCCAUCAUUUUCCACAAAAGGAUGUUUCAUAGCAUCCGUGAUACUGGUGCUGGACAAGCAUUCACACUACAUCUCUGCUCCUCAUGAAAUCGUUUAUUUGGUGUGUUUUUUCAGUUUUCGAAACUCUUAA